AUGGCAACUCUAACAACAAAUUUUGUUCCACAGCCAGCGGUUCAUAAAUCUACAGCGGAUCGAUCGCUAAAGAAGUCAAGAAAUGCUAAAGAUAUACCUUUACCGGAAGUACCAAAAGUCAUAGACAACGGAAGUGGGAAAAGAUACUUUCGAGGCAGAUUGCUUGGAAAGGUUGGUAUUGUGCCGUAUAUUUUUUUGUUAGACUUAAUCAUUACAUUAACGCCGCUUCAUCUAUCUUUUGUACCUGUAGAUAAACAUCCGAAACGCCAUUUUAAUGGAAAAUUAUAGAGCUGUAUUAUCUUACAAAGCUGUCCGUCCUCCGUCAUCUUACAUUCACUCAGUGUGUAGUACUGUCUCAAAUCUGUUCAUGAAAAUCGUCGAUCUGAAAUAAUUGCUUAAAGAGCUGAUUUUCAAAUUAAAGCGAGAAAAAUUGUAGUUAACUUGUCAUUUGCUGCACGUCCUUGGAUACUGAUCUUUCGAGUGAAUUUUCCGGGAAAAUUGUGUGUCACGGCACCUUAUUUUAUGUGUAAUAUUUUUCAGGAGUUGCUGACCAAGAUGUUGUCGAAUUAAUGAUAUGAUAUUAUUAAACACAACUUCAAUAAUUGAAUAAACGUAAAGUAGCGAUCAGAGAUCGGAAAAGGAAGGAAAAAAAAGUCCAAAGCGCAGUCGUUGUUUGUUUUUCUUAUUAUGAACUGUAGAUGGGGUCUCCACCCAUGUUCUUGAACAGGUUUUUGUGGUUCAGUUGGCUAAUUUCUGUACUCACAACGGAAACUGUUUCGUUUGCGUAAGGAGAAAGAAGUUAUUAUUCGGUAAUGCAUGCAAUACUAGCGUGCUUAUAGCUUACUUGGAUCUUUCCCACCUGCUUUCUCUAAUAACUAACACCAAAAGAAAAGAUUUAGGUUGCAUAUCUUUUGUAUGACAUACCUGCAAGCAGCAUAAGUUGCAGCAAACUUGUUUGGUAAUACGUAGCCUGUGAACAAACAGCAGUCGGCUCUCCACGCUCCUCGUCGCUUGGGACGUUUCGCCAGGAGGGGUGAAAACUUCCCUAGCGCAGGCUACGAAAUCACACUUAGGCGAAAUUGUUACAACACUCCCGACUGCUUGAGUUAUUCAGUCGCUUUUGCUUAUAUUUAUACAGUUACUCUGCCGUUUUUGUUUUUGCGAUAGUGUAAGAUCGCCAAAUACCCAUUAUUCACCAGCAUGAAUAGAGUGUUUUUUUUUUUUUGUCGAAGUGUCAAAAAGAGGCACCUUGUCCAGCCCAUUGUAUAUUUCUUUCACAUAAAUAAUGUCCUAACUACUUGCGCACGCUGGUGCCGGUCACCCACUAGAGCACUCAUUUGACUUAGGAGACACGCUUUAUUGCAAUAUAAUAAACUGGUUCUGACCAUUAAUAGCUAGCAAAUUUCUUUUCACCUUUUUUUUUUAACUAAUAGUGGUCAUUUUCACCUCGGAAAGUGUUACAGUUCAGCUAUGCGAUCAUAACAAUUAAACUCGUUCUAAUGUGUUUGUUUUGACACUCAGGGCGGGUUCGCUCGUGUCUAUGAAGUCACAGACAUGUCAACGAACAAAGUAUACGCUCUCAAAGCUGUGCCAAAAGUAAAACUCUCAAAAUCUGCGGAUAGAUACAACAAGGUAAGAUCUACCGUUUAGCGAAAUGUAGCUUAUGUCCCCCGUGUUGAUCUUUAUUCAAACAAACUGCUAUUUUCCGGCAAGAAGCAGAGACCAUGCAUAUAGCAAGUGCACGCGGACGCGAAGUAUAAAUUCUUAACCUCCUGCCCAGACCACUUUUCAGACUUACAGAAAGAGUGAGAUCUGGACAGGAGAUAACUAAACCUACUUGGCGCUUAUGACUGCCCUUAGUGAAGUGUUAAUUCUCAACAUCUCUAUCGUUCCUGUAGUUCACACGUGAAAUAUGCUCCUUUGUAGAUCGAAACAGAAAUCGAGCUGCACAAGAGUCUUCGUCAAAGACACGUAGUUGGUUUUCAUGGUCAUUUCGAGGACGAGCAGCAUGUUUAUAUAUUAUUGGAACACUGCAGCCGUAAGGUAAUGAUAAGGAAAACGGUCGGUUCGAUGCUAGUAGUAGUCUGCUACACAGCCGUUUUUAGCGUCGUCACGCAAAGCUCCUCCCUAGAAGUGGGGAGGAGCGUUGCGUGACGACUCUAGAAACGGCUGUGUAGCAGACUAUGCUAGUAGUUGAACAGAAAUUGUGUUCACUUCAAGUAUAGUUUGUGCGUGAACAAGAAUAACAUUUUGGGUGAAUACUCGUCGUUUUUAAGCCAAGUCUUAUUUACACCUCGACUGAAUAAACUUGUAUCGAAACGACCGGUAAACAUAAUUUAGAGUCACUUUAAGACUGUAGCAGUUUUCAGUUUACUGCAAAAAAUAUAUUUUGUUGUUGUUUUUGUUUUAUCUAUAAGUCAAAAGGCUGCUUACUCUUUUUAAUUUUGGAAACUGUGGGAGGAGGCCAGUCUCUUAAUAAAUAAAUUGAUGAGAAAUUAACGAUGAUUUUGUGAAUACUUGCAUGCUGUUGCAGUGGAAUUCGGUAAGGGAUAACCGGAGCUCCACUCGGAUUUUAAACCCCACGGAACAAGGGUGAAAAACCAAGAUUAAACAACCCGGCUACAACGGCUCGUAUGUGGCGUUGACCCCGGGCGUUUGGCGUAAUCAACGUACUGAUCGAAAUGGAGAGCUUACUUGUGUUUUUUUCCUACUUUGCACAGUCCUUAGUACAGACUCUCAAAAAUCGUGGCAAGCUCACAGAACCCGAGGUACGGUAUCUUAUGUUCCAAGCUGUUCAAGCAUGCUCGUAUCUGCACGCUCAGCGGGUCAUACAUCGCGACAUUAAAGUCGGCAACUUUUUUCUCAAUGCCGACAUGGAAUUGAGACUUGGAGACUUUGGUCUGGCAGUGAGGCUAAAGGAAGAAGAGAAAAAGAUAAAGUAAGUGAGGCAGUUAUGAAGGGGAGGGGCAAUGGCGAGAACUAGACAAAGAGGCGGCUCUUCGCGUGCCUUUUCGUAGCUUUCCCGCUCAUUUGUGCGCUCACAAGACACAAUCGCCAGCCACGCAUGCUAUAUUUCUUUGAGAAAAUUCUGUUGAAAUUCCGAAAUCGUAAAUUCAUUCUUUAGCGGGAUUAUGAGAAAUCCCAGUUUUAAUAGGGAUCAAGAUCCCAGCGAUUUAAGUUUUGGCACAAAAACUUGCGUGGAUAUGGUAGAUCUGGCGAAUACGCCCAAGUGACACACUCCUUUGUUAGCGAUCUACUGCAAAGGAAAACCCACAACCUAGCAACGUAUGGGAUCCAGCAAAGAGACACAAUCCACAAAAGACAGAAGCUAAUUAGAUAACUAUGUUCAUAGAAUUUCUGAGACGAAUUAUAGGUUCCUAACCGAGCUGGAGCUGACUUUAAUAACUUUAAGACUUCUUUUAUGUCAAAAGAAACAGUGUAGAUUACUCCCUUGUUAAAAUGUGCGCAAACAGAUUGUGGCUUCAAAGGCUUUAUUUCAUCGUUGCAAAGGGAUGGCAACAAUCAUAAUCAUCAUCACAGAGCACUGCAUGACGACCAAAGUAUAAAGUUCUUUGCGUUCAUUUUUGUUUCAGGACGAUGUGUGGUACCCCAAACUACAUUGCACCUGAAGUGUUAAGUAAAGAAGGCCAUAGUUAUGAAGUGGAUACUUGGGCUCUAGGAUGCGUCAUGUAAGUCACAUAGAAAGUCAUCACUUUCUUUUCCCAAGUUUCUUGUGAAGCCUAAACUUUCCAACGUGUUCGCUUGUCACUGUAGUUCUUUCUUCUUCUUUCACAGGUAUACUUUGUUGGUUGGGCAUCCCCCGUUUGAAACAAAGUCGCUGCGAGAGACCUACAACAGAAUACGAAACAACGAAUAUACCAUUCCCUCGCGUAUUUCAGACAACGCUGCUAAGCUUAUUAAAAGAAUGCUCAAACCGAACCCCGCUGACAGGCCCUCUUUAAAGGAAAUUCUUGCCGACGAAUUUUUCACGAAGGGAUUUUUUCCGAACCGACUCCCAGGUACAUGUGUCACCUCCUCGCCGAAAUGGUCCGAGUAUGAAAAAAGCGGAGAAUCUGACAAGAAAAUUUCCAACGACGCGAUUAAGAAAAUAACAAUUGCUUUGUCCCGGCAAAUGAAGCUUGCGAGCGACGAAAAGGAUGAAACAAUGGAAAAAGACUGUCGAGUGAAAGAAAUGAACGGUGAAUGCGGAGGCAAACUGGUGUCUCCUUCUGAAAAAGAUAGGGGAAUAAGUCAAAGCAGUUCCACUCCUCGGGAUAAAACACGGGACACGCGACAAGAAGGUAGGCUGUUAUCGAGAAACGGGACAAGAAAGCAACUUCGUUCCCAGGUUCUCUUCUACACUUCCUUCUCUCGCUCACUCUUUAUCGUUGCGCAAAUGUGCCAGUGUCGUGUCCAAUUGCAUCAUAGGAAAUUUUUGUUAGGGGUUGCAAUUGGGGCGCAGCUAGUGCUCUAAGAUGACCUCUGAUCUACGAUAUUGAUAUACGUAUAAAAUAAGAGGACAUUAGGCGUUCCCUAAAAAAAUAACACAAGCAAUUCGACAGCCUCAUUAACUAGUCGUUCGGGAAGUGACGUCACCCGUCAAGCUUGUAAGGAAUAUUCGCGUUCGGUUCCAAGCCUCCUAUGCUCACUCGGAUAGCGUGAAUUGGCCUGGGGAUGAGGCUGGCAAUUCGACACAAAACCGAACCAGUCUUCACGGGCGUGUUCACCAUACAGGAGUCAUAGAAAAGUCCAACAAUAAUGUCAAUCCAUUACCUAUGGGUGUGGCUAUGACAACUAUGAUUAUUGUCUAGAGCUUUUGUCAAAAUGUCUAAGAUGUUUAAUUGUCGAGCUUUCCAUGAAUCUAAGUGAUGACCUUUCACUGUUCGUUCCUAUUUAGGUCACCCUAAGCCCAAAUACUUUCCGCCAGACGAACUCAUCUGUAAACUGUCCAAGUGUCUCGAAUGCCUAGAAGAAAGUGAACAAAAACUUCCUGUCAAGCCACUGGGACUUUUUGCCAAGAACCCCUCCUGUCAGCCACAAGGAAAUGGAAAGAAAUCAGGGGGGAUACAAACACACGACGAUCUUAAGCCCUUAUUGGUGACCAAGUGGGUGGAUUAUAGCAAUAAGUACGGGUUUGGUGCUCAGCUAUCGGAUGGAAGCUUUAAUGUGAGGUUUAACGACGGCUCGAAAAUUGCUAUAUCCCCUGGUAAAAGGUGAGUGUACGUUUUCUUUCAACAAAAGUGCGAUGAAUUUCUCGGUCAUUUUCUUAGUGGUUAUAUCGAAACAGAUAUUUCGCCUUAGAAUUGUGCAUGUCAAGGCUAGGGCAUUUCCCUCUUAUUGCUGAUUUCCAUAUCCUUAACAGAAGGGUUUGAUAUGAAGGAGAUUGAAAUUGCGAGCAGCUUUAGUAUAGCGAUGAAGUUCAAAUAAUGUGUCAUUUAAGUCAUAUUAGGUCAACCCCCAUUCUCAAAGACCUCGCUCGCACUGACCCUCGUUUUCAAAAAGAGGCUUUGGGCAACUUGAAAAUGGACUAUAAUUCAAUCAAAAGUAGGUUGAGUUUGAUCGUCCGGGUGAAUGUAGUCCUGAAUAGGACUAUUGUUGUUAACAGUGACUGAUGCUUUGACAACCUGUGCGGUAGUCAUCUUCAGAGUCAAAGGGAGUUGUAUCACGUCAGUUAAUGGUAUUGUACUCUGGUUAUUGACCUGAUUGGUCAAUUACGUCAAUGUUUUGAAUUGCCGUUGAAUGUUUUGAAUUGUUUUUGAUACUAUUAAAAGUAAAUCGUAUCGAAACAGAUUUCAGAAAUCGACGUCAUCAGACUCUUGUACGAACACAUUUGACGACCGAUUUACACGACCAUUUUGCGAACACCCGAAUGUUCGUUGCCAACUGGGAUUUCUUUCUUUCUAUUUUUUUUCUUGACAGCUUUGUCCAUUAUUGUGAUCGACUAAAUAACCCAAGUCAGUUCAGGUCUAACGCCGUACCAACCAAUCUACAGGCAAAGUACAUGCUGUUGACUUACUUUGCUAAUUACAUGGACAAACAUUUGUUAAAGGUAUAAGACCGUUCAUUUCAAAUAACGUGUUUGUUAGUUUCACUAAUACGCGUCUCUCAGAUGUAAACUUUAAACUUCAUUUAUCCAAGGACGUUUGCCAAUGAAACCGUGCGAAACACACCACGCACCAGAACCUAAUCAUUCGCCAUUUCCGCAUUUGUCAUAAUACCUUGUUUGCCCUCCAAAACUUUGCUUAACCUUUGUUAGUUUUAAGUUCUCUUGGGUAUUACAUUCGUCCUAAGAGAUAUUGAAAACAAUGAUUAUAAAUGCAAAAUUUUGGAAGGGAAAAUGCGCUAGUAGAGAACAUGGAAACCUGGCUUUCUGCCUCUCACCAAGUUUAUUGAAAAACAGCUGUCUCCUCCGCAGAAGCUCCCUGCCUAUAGCAAUAAUGGAAAAAUAGAAGCGCGCGGGGAACGAUGGGAAGAGGGAAAAGGCGGGAGCCUCUCUCCUCUCUUUCCCCUUCCCAUCGUGCCCCGCGCGCUCUCUAUUUCUUUCUCACCAACCUCCCCACAACAAAAAGAAACCUCUGCGGGGGAGAGAGGCAAAACAGCGAAACUUGAAGCAGUCUGUUUCGUAGCCCUGUUUCCAUACAAGGUCUGACGUUGUUUACAUGAUUGUAUAUACGUAAGACCUCUAAUGCAGUGAAGGUGAUUUGUACAUUUGAAGGUAGUAAAAAGUCUCAGGAAGAGGAUCAAAUUAUGUUGAUAUUUAUUCUAACUGACUUGGAUCAUAACAUCUUCAAACACUGUCAAAUUCUUUAACAGGGUGGCGAUUCCAAAGGAGGAAUUUCCGCUGAUCAGCCGAGCUAUCCGUUCGUAGACAUCUGGUUUAGAACAGACAUCACGAUGGUUAUGUAUCUUAGCAACGGAACCAUACAGGUAGUCCAUGGGCCAUUUCACGAUGACGAGAUUUGACGACAACUACCUGAGAAUUCACUUCGUUUUGCUUUAUUUUCAAUCCCGCUGGGCUUUAAAAAACAGUAGCCCUAAAUUUGCACAAGAAAACAACACACUAAAGGAUUCUAGAAGUUGAAGUAAAAGUUCGUCAUCGUGCAAUUUCUUCCUAUUAAUAUUCUGCUAGUCUAAUGUUCAUUGGUUUAAUUGACAUUCAAUCAAACCCGUAUACUCUUCCCUUGCAAGGUAAAUUUCUUCAACGACCACACCAAGAUAGUACUUAUUCCUGGCAACAGCGAUGUUCUAGUUAUUUACAUCGAUAAGCAGAGAGAAGGGACAAGUUACCUCAUGUCAGAAAUUAACUCACAGGGUUGCACAGAGGAAAUGAUUGAGAGACUUCGAUACUGCAAACGGGUAUUGAAUAAGGUCUGGGACCUUGUUGAAGAGGAGAAGAACACGUGAUUUGUAUCGGAGAAAAAGGAGAUUUUCUAUGAAGAACAAACAAAUAAAUAAACAAAAUAUAGCAAAAAGAAAUAUUUUAUAGCAGCCCGCGGAAAACACUAGAAUUUAAAUAUGAAGAGAAUCGAUUGGGGAUGAGUUUAGUUACAACUG